GCCGCCCCACCUCCACCUCCACCCCCCGCGCGCCUACCUGAGCCUGCCCAGGGCGCACCGGCCGCUGCCGCUCCCCCCGGACGAGCUGGCGCUGGAGCGCUUCUCGGCGGCGCCCGACUUCCAGCCCUUCCUGGACCACGGCGAGCCGUGCAUCGAGGUGGAGUGCGGCGACAACCGAGCGCUGCUCUACGUGCACAAGCUGUGCCAGGGCAGCAAGGGCCCCUCCAUCCGCUACCGCGGCGAGUGGCUCACCCCCAACGAGUUCCAGUUCGUCAGCGGCCGCGAGACGGCCAAGGACUGGAAGCGGAGCAUCCGCCACAAAGGGAAGAGCUUGAAGACCCUGAUGUCCAAGGGUAUUUUGCAGGUCCACCCUCCGAUCUGUGACUGUCCCGGGUGCCGCAUUUCCUCGCCAGUGAACCGGGGUCGUCUGGCUGAGAAGAGAACCAUCCCGCUGCCCCCCACCAGGAUCCCAAAGAAGGAGCUGAGUUCGAUUUUCUCAGCCAGUGAUGGGGACAGUGACGGGAGCAGCCCGGCCCAUGGGCAUCGGCCAGAUGUGAAGCAGGAAGACGACGUGCACAUCAGUAUCAUGAAGAGAAGGGUCCACACUCACUGGGAUCUGAACAUCUCCUUUCGAGAGACGUCUUGCAGCCGUGACAGCGACCUCUCCACCAUCAUCUCCAACUUGCACCAGAGCCGCCACCUCGUUAUGCCUGAGCGCCAAAGCCGCUGUGAAUUCCAGAGAAGCAGCGUGGAGAUUGGCCUGGGCCCGGCAGAUGACCUUUUAGGUAAAAGGCGGGGCUGCUCCCCCAGCAGCGGCGGCGGCGGCGACCGUCCCACCGAGAAGAAGCCCAGGACCGAGUCCCCCAAGGAGCCCUCCCCCUCCCCCCUCCGAGAGGAGCCGGCCCCCCAGAUGACCCCGGAGGAGCACUACCGGAGGAUGAUGUCGGCCCUGAGCGAGCCCGGCGCCUCUGUGACCGCCAGCCGGGGCCGUGCAGGAGGGGCGAAAGCGAGGCGCUGGGGCUGGGGGACAGGCGCGGGCGCUGGGACACUGCGGCAGUUUGAGCUGGCUGUCAGUCACGUGGCUGGUCCUCUUCCCCCGCACUCCUGGCGGCGCCUGCCCCAAGGCCGUCAGGGCCCGACGGCGCCAACGGCGUCCAGGCCCCCAACCUGCCGCUUUGCCGCCUUAGAAGGGGGGGCGGCCCCUCUCUGGGGGAGACAGAUGGUGCGGCCCCGCCCCCGGUCCCGCUGCGGCUGCGGAGGGCGAGGGGCGGGAGGGGCGGGGGGCGCCCCGGGGCCUCGGGCCGGCCUCGCUGCGCGGCGGGGUAAUUACCGCCGCCGCAGCCCGGCUCGGCGCCCGCCAAGCGGCCCCCCCCUCGGCAGACAGGGCUCCCCCAGCGGCGGCCCGAGUCCCCUGCCGGCCGCCGCCGGAGCUGCCCGGGAGCCCCUUCCCGAGGGGGGGCAGCAAGCCCCGGGGCGCCCGGCUCAGUGCGUUUCCCCUCCCCUCAGGGACCUGGCCCAUCCGUCGCUGCUGUCGCCCCAGAACGCCCCCCACAUCGCCCUGGGCCCCCACCUCAGACCCCCCUUCCUGGGCGUGCCUUCGGCUCUGUGCCCAACCCCAGGAUAUGGCUUCCUUCAGCCAGCUCAGGCCGAGAUGUUUGCCCGGCAGCAGGAAAUCCUCCAAAUGAGUUCCAUCCCCAGGUUGGAGAUGUCAACAGCUCAAGAAGGAACUGCAACUCAUGGCUCCAGGCUGGGUCAGACCCCUGGGCUGCCCCUCAGGAGCACCUCCUGCCCAAGCGCACCCAGCCAGGGCCCCGACGGCCACUCGCUGCCCCCCUCCUCCCUCCAGGGUGACCAGCCGGAGGAGCUUAUGUUGAAAGCACAGUCUGGGGCCCCUCUUGCCCUGCCCCCAUCGUGAGCCCCGCCCGGCCCAGGCCCCACGCCCCAGGAGCAGGUCUGCAGCGCCCCACCACUGAAGGGGGUGGGGAGGCCUGGAGAGGCCAAGGAGGCCCCGGGCCCCGGAGUCCGGACCCAGGACAGCCCCGAGAACAAUGACUCCAAGGAGUCGGACAGUGAGGAGGCCGAGGCUCCGCGAGCAGAGGUGGGGGGCGCCAGCCGCACCUGCGAUGGCCCCAAGGACGCCCCCGGCGCCCCGAGCGGGGAAUCUCCGGGGCAUGGCCUGGGAGGCCGGGCUGAGGGGAAGGGGCCCCUCCUGGGCGCCCCGCUGCCACCCCCUCUGCCUCUGAGCCUCCCUUACGCCGUCAGCCCCUACUUUCACACAGGAACCAUGGGGGGCCUGUUCUUGGAUAGCGGGGAGGAGGCUGUGGGCCCCGAGGACGUCAGCAAGUGGACAGUGGACGACGUGUGCACUUUCGUGGGCGGCCUGGCGGGCUGCGGGGAGUACGCCUCGGUGUUCCGAGAGCAGGCCAUCGACGGGGAGACGCUGCCUCUGCUGACCGAAGAGCACCUGCUCACCAACAUGGGGCUGAAGCUGGGCCCCGCCCUCAAGAUCAGAUCCCACGUGGCCAAGCGUGUGGGCAGACUCUUCUACAUGGCCAGCUUCCCCGUGGCCCUCCCCCUGCAGGCCCCCGGCCUUCGAGGCGCAGCGGACCGAGAGCUGCCGGCUGAGCUCCAGCCCUCCUCCCCGGCGCACGCGGCCUCCCCCUUUGGGGGCGGCUUCUCGGCCAGCAGAAGCUCCCCCAAACAGGAGAACGGGGCUCCCUCCCUGCUGGUGGGGAUGGGGGACGUGCCCAAGCCCCCCUCCUAACUCCCCAGAGGGCUCCCCGGGCCCG